GGUGUUUUGAACUGGUGUCGUCAAACAUAUCCUGAACAUUCGCGUGACUCCCAAUCGAAGCGAAUUUUUCCGACAUGGCACCGAUCAAGCUCAUCGAAUACUUCAGGGUAAAGCCGCGCUGGCUUUUCGUGAAGAUCACCGAUGAAGAUGGCCAAGUUGGCUGGGGAGAAGGCACUCUGGAAGGCCAUACUUUGGCAGUGGAGGGAGCUCUGGAUGAGAUUAUCGUUCGCUUGAUCGGACAGGACGCAAAUCGCAUAGAGCAUAUUUGGCAGCUGAUCUGGCGUCUCGGCUUCUACCGAGGAGGACCUGUUUUCAUGUCUGCUCUGUCUGGCAUUGACAUUGCUUUGUGGGAUUUGAAAGCACGGCGCCUGAACGUUCCAAUAUAUGAAUUGCUGGGAGGUAAGGUCCGAGAAAAGUGUCAAGUAUAUUGCUGGAUCGGCGGCGAUAGACCUGCUGAUAUCGAGAAUGCUGCCAAAGCAAGGAAAGAGCAGGGUCUCACUUGCGUAAAGAUGAACGCCACCGAGGACAUUGGCUGGCUCGACGAUGCAGCUGUGUUGGACGCAACAGUCGAGCGCCUAAAGAUAGUAAAGAACCUCGGCCUCAAUGCUGGUCUGGACUUCCAUGGUCGUCUUCAUCGCCCAAUGGCCAAGCAGCUGGCGAAAGCCUUGGAGCCAUACCGGCCUCUCUUCAUAGAGGAGCCAAUUUUAGUGGAACAUCCUGAAGCACUGAAGCAGCUGGCCGCGCAGACAAGCAUUCCGAUUGCCCUUGGCGAGCGUCUGUAUCAUCGCUGGGAUGCAAAGCCAUUUUUCGAAGCAGGGUUGAUCGACAUCCUACAGCCUGAUAUUGCUCAUGCUGGUGGCAUCUCGGAGACGAAACGCCUAGCUAAUAUGGCAGAAGCGUACGACGUCGCGAUUGCUCCGCAUUGUCCCCUCGGUCCAAUUGCCUUUGCCGCGUCACUGCACAUUGGAAUCUCCACGCCCAAUUUCGUCAUCCUAGAGAUGUCUCAAAAAAUGCAUUAUAAUACCGAGGCGGGUGAUGUAGAUCUCGAUACCUACUUGAAGGAUCAAUCAGUCUUCGCCAUCACCGGUGGUCAUGUUGCAGCUCCUACGGGACCAGGACUGGGCAUUGAGGUGGAUGAGGAGAUGAUCCGCAAGAUAUCGGCAGAGACCCAGCCAUGGCCUCCGAAGGAGUUCUUCGGUCCGGACGGCUCGAUUAGAGAGUGGUAAAAGUAAGUCCGGCU